UCACUCCUAGCUGGUCAGCAAGCACCAUUGAGGUUCUUGGACAAAAAUUAUCUCAGGUGGUAAAAAAAAAAUCAUGUCAGAGCACAGCAAGAACUCAGACCAAGAGGAACUCUUGGAUGAGGAGAUUGAUGAAGAUGAGAUCUUGGCCAAUUUGUCCCCCGAAGAGCUUAAAGAACUACAAUCUGAAAUGGAAGUCAUGGCGCCUGACCCCAGGCUUCCCGUGGGAAUGAUCCAGAAAGAUCAAACUGACAAGCCACCAACAGGAAACUUUGAUCAUAAAUCUCUUGUUGAUUAUAUGUAUUGGCAAAAGGCAUCCAGGCGCAUGCUGGAAGAUGAACGUGUUCCUGUCACCUUUGUACCUUGCGAGGAAAACACACAAGAACACCAUGAAGGAAUAGACAAAGGUAAUAAAAAUAUGUCCCAUUUUUUAAAAGAAAAGCUCAACAGUGAGAUAGUUGCAAAUAAAAGAGAACCAAAGGGCAGCAACAGUGUCCAGGAAAUGGAUAACAAUGAAGAUGUAGAUGAAGAAGCUGAUGAUGAUGAAGAUGAUGAAGAUGAUGAAGAAGAUGAUGGUGAACAGAGUGAUGAAAAAACAGAAAGAGAAGAAGGUGGUGCAAAGGAGCAAAUCAGAAAUGGUGAAAACUGCCAACAGGUGAUUGAUAAAGCAUUAGAAGAACAAAAAAGCAGACCAGAGGCCCAAGAAAAGAGUGAGAAAAAAAUAUCAAAAUUAGACCCAAAGAAGUUAGCUCUAGAUACCAGUUUUUUGAAGGUAAGUGCAAGGCCUUCAGGAAACCAAACUGACCUAGAUGGAAGUUUGAGGCAAGUGAGGCAAAAUGAUCCUGACAUGAAGGAACUCAACUUGAACAACAUUGAAAAUAUCCCCAAGGAAAUGUUACUGGACUUUGUCAAUGCAAUGAAGAAAAACAAAUACAUCAAAACCUUUAGUUUAGCGAACGUGGGUGCGGAUGAGAGCGUUGCAUUUGCCUUGGCUAACAUGUUGCGUGAAAAUAAGAGUAUUACCACUCUCAACAUCGAGUCCAAUUUCAUGACAGGUAAGGGAAUUGUGGCUAUCAUGAGAUGCCUCCAGUUUAAUGAGACACUAACUGAACUUCGGUUUCACAAUCAGAGGCACAUGUUGGGCCACCAUGCUGAAAUGGAAAUAUCCAGGCUUUUGAAGGCAAAUAACACUCUCCUCAAGAUGGGCUACCAUUUUGAACUUCCAGGUCCCAGAAUGGUAGUAACCAAUCUGCUCACCAGAAAUCAGGAUAAACAAAGGCAGAAACGACAAGAAGAACAAAAACAGCAGCAACUCAAAGAGCAGAGAAAGUUAAUAGCCAUGUUGGAGAAUGGGUUAGGGCUGCCGCCUGGAAUGUGGGAGAGAUUGGGGGGACCAAUGCCAAAUCCCAGAGUGGAAGAGUUCCUCCAGCCUACUCCUGGGCCUCCCAACCCCCAAACAGUCCCUUACAGUCGACGAAAUGAAAUGAAAAAGCCAUCGCAGCCUCCGCAGUACAGGACUGACCCUGACUCCUUCCGGGUGGUGAAGCUGAAGCGAAUCCAACGCAAAUCUCGAAUGCCAGAAGCUAGAGAACCACCCGAGAAAACCAACCUUAAAGAUGUGAUCAAAACGCUCAAACCAGUGCCGAGAAAUAGGCCACCCCCAUUGGUGGAGAUCACUCCCAGAGAUCAGCUCUUGAAUGACAUUCGUCACAGCAAUGUUGCCUAUCUUAAACCUGUACAACUGCCAAAAGAACUGGCAUGA